UUAGGUGGAAUGGGUGGUGUCGAUACGAGUGGAUGGAAACCGCGACGUACAAAGGGUACCGUGAUACACAAAACACGAAACCAGUUUGCUUGGCUUGUGAUAGCGGCCGGCACCGCGGUCUUUGCUACGUACUACACCGUCGUGAGUUACAUCGGUGGCGACGAGCUCAAGCAGCGGAUGAGGAGAGAUUUCUACGAGAAAACGGAAGAGGAAGUUGAUCGAAGAAAUUUGAUGCGAUUCAGUUUACUCGCUCCGAAGCGAGGCGAUACCAUACGAAAGCUUCUCGAAGACGAAAAAGAGGAGCAGGCAAAGAAGUAGAGAUGAGCAAACGAUUGAAGUUCGCAAAGCUAAGGCUUGCCAAACCGAUCGAUGCUGGCGCUCCACCAAUGGGCGUAGUCCCGGCCGAAGCGAAUGUUUGGUAAUACUCUAUACUAGGGAUUUCCGGGUAGCAGAUGAUCCUAUUUGUAUAAGUAGUUUGUAGCUAGUCAAUAAAGCGUACGUUACCACGGAAGCUUAA